AUGUACGAGACGCAAAAGAUCGAAUUUUGGAAAAUCCAAGAGAUACUAAAGAAGAUGACGAUCGAACAUGGAAGUGACGACGGAGAAGGGUGGCCGGGAAAAAUGGACAAGACGGCGAUCAUCGUGUCUGUGAUCAUCGGCUCCCUGGGGAUGCUGAGCGCCAUCCUGGGGUUCUCCGCCGAGGGCACAAAGAUCACUGUUUCGGACGUACUGGUGAUCGGCUACGAGUGCCUGUACCCGCAGAACCCCUCGUUCGCGCUGGGGAUCUGCGCGACCGUCUUCCUGCUGAUGGCGCAGAUCACCGCGUCAGCCGUCGGCGGCUGCUGCGGCUGCUGCAAGUCCCGCGCCAUCCCGUCCGAGACCAAGCGGGUCAUUGGCAUCGUCUGCGGCGUCGUCUCAUGGAUAGCGGCGGGGGUGGCUUGGGUGCUGUUCGUGGAGGGCGCGGCGUGGAACGCCAACGUAGCGAGGGACACCGGGCCGGUGUGCUACGUCCUCAAGGACGGCAUCUUCGCCGGCGCGGCCGUGCUGGCCCUCGCCGCCACGGCGCUCGGGAUCGCCUCCUACGUGCUGCUCCGCAGGAAGCCCAGCGGCGAGGCGCAGGCGCCCAAGCCGGGAGAGGCGCAGCCGGGGCCGGCCGGGAUCGCGAUGGGACACCCGGCCCACUUCCCGCCGGCCGCUGCGCAGCAGCCUCCUCCUCCUCCUUCUGCCCCGCCGCAGCAAGGAGUGGACGUCGACGGACAAGCGCCGAGCCAGCAGAUGGCUGCCCCUUCUGCUGCUGUUUAUGUUCAAGGCUACGGACCGCACGCGCCGUAUCAGCAGCUGCCUCCUCAUCCUCAAGGGCAUGCGCAGGUGUAGACCAUGAAAAUAUAUCAAGGUAUCGCUGGUGUAGAAGCGAAUCGAGACCUAUACGUGCUAUCUCUAAUAUUCAUGUAUAGUUGGCUACCGGUUGCUGAGUUGCUGUGAUACGGGACGUAUGAGUGUCUGUCUUGUAACAUGCUUAUAUAUUCCCUACUUUAAAAGGUCUCUACUUUAAAAAAAGAGUGAAUAGUACCAGCGGUCUCUAAA